AUGAUGGGGCGUGUCGUUCGACUCAAUGCACAAGAAGAUCAACUUCGACGGCUCCUUCUAGAUGUUUCCUCGUUCAUAAACGAGUCCAGGCCGGCAACACAGCCCGUGAUUAUUCGCUGGGCUGGGGGUUGGGUCCGAGACAAACUCUUAGGAAUCGAAUCUCAUGACAUAGACGUCGCCAUCAAUGCAAUGACCGGUGUUAACUUUGCACAGAGAAUGCACGAGUAUUGCCGCAUGGCAGACGCAAUUAAAAAGCACGCAAUCAAACCCGAUGACAUUGGCAACCUCCAUAAUGUCGCACGGAACCCAGACAAGUCGAAGCAUCUGGAGACUGCCAUGCUUCGAAUAUUUGGCCUCGAGUUAGACUUAGUCAACCUGAGAAAGGAGACAUACGCAGAGGACAGCAGAAAUCCAGUCGUGGAGUUCGGCACAGCUGAAGAGGAUGCACUCAGACGGGAUGCAACGAUAAACGCCUUGUUCUACAACCUACACACCAACCAAAUAGAAGAUUUUACAGGAGGAGUGCAAGACUUGGCCGCGAAGGUUCUGCGCACUCCCUUAAACCCACUGGAUACAUUCAAGGACGAUCCGCUUCGUGUCCUGCGCCUCGUGCGUUUCGCAAGUCGUCUUGGAUUCAUAAUCGAAGAAGAAACUCGCUGCGUGAUGGCCCAUGCUGAUGUUUUAGAGGCUUUGAAAGUCAAAAUCAGCCGAGAAAGAAUUGGUAUAGAGCUUGAAAAGAUGCUCAAAGGCAUUCAUCCACGGUCCGCCCUGGAGCUCAUGGACCAACUAUGCCUGUAUCAUGCAAUUUUUACAGACCCAGCAUUAAAAUCCACCGCGAAACCAGAUACCUCGCAAUGGCACAUUGCGUACCGGUGCCUUAGUGCUCUAUUGCAGAAUCGUAGCCCUGGCUCUUUGGGCGAACUCCUGAUUCGGUGCAAGGAAGCCAACUAUGUAGCCUGGAAUCUGGCCGCGCUCAGUCCGUGGAUGACCAUGGACUACCCCACACCUGAACUUCGGAAAGCGAAUGCAUUGCCGCCCCCUACUGUUGCGGCCCGAGGAGGAUUCAAGGCGCCAAAUAAACUUGCAGAUUCGAUUACGGCCAGUUACCGAAACAGAAAAGAAAUUAUGUGCCUAAAAACAGCCGCCUGCGGCAAAAAGCCGGUGAUACACUCGAGAGAUGUACUAGGCAUGGCCAUCCGUAGAUGGGACUCGCAUGGUGGUCCAUGGACUCUACAGGUUCUCAAUGCUCUUCUUGUAGAGGCCAUGGAAAGCCUGAGUGUGUGGUCCCAAUCUGACGACAGUAAGGACCAAGUUGACUUCCUUAAUGGUUGGCAGAAGUUCCUGGACCAUGUUGUUGAACUCGACCUUUACCACGCUCCUGCAUUAAAAAGGCUUCUGGAUGGUCACUCUCUAGCCUCGGCCCUAGGCGUGAGGCCUGGAAAAUGGACGGGCAGAGCAUUAGAUGUAUGUCUUUCUUGGCAACUUCGGAAUCCGCAGGAAGUGGACCCAAAAGGUGCAAUUGAAGAGAUCCAACUUCGACGUGACGAGCUUGGAAUUCCUAGGAAUUAG